AUGGACAGUCGAGAUCUUAACGAUUGGCUAAAUAAGGACUAUGGCGGGGGCAGCAGAAGGAUAUCAGUGGAAGUAGACGAUGACGACGUGGAUGACUAUGCCCCGACAAGAAACGUUCUAAAAAUAAACCAUGCACAAAGACCGGAAGACAUACAAGUGGAGUCGCUCUUACAAGGGCCGUCAUAUGCUCCAGCAAAGAAGUUCAGUUACGGUGGUCCAGUACGAGGCACGAGCGCAUUAGAUGUGUUACUAGAGCGACUGGAGCGUAAUGAACGGCCCUCACAGCAAGAUGUCACGCAGGCUCGACGUGAGUUUAUCGCCAUGAAGGAAAGCAUGGCGGAUUUUGAAAAAAAAGACAGGAACGUGCCUGAGCAUUGGAGCAAUGAAGCAAAAUCUGAGAUUAAACAAGUGCUUGAGAAGAACAAGUUUUUACAAUCGCAAAUUCAUCACAAGGAAGUGCUUCUAGCUGACUUUCAAAGGAGAAUAGAGAUGCUGCGCAAGUUACCAGAAAGUAUGGUCGUGAAGGGCGUGACAGUUGAAGACUACGCCCCACGUGACCAGGUUGUGGACAACUUUUCCGACCUGUACAUGAUUGAAUGGGCCGCAGCAUUUAACCACUUGAAAUCCACCUGGGCUGACGAGACAAACAUAUUGGCUACGCUAUUUAAAAUCGUGAAAGAAGCAUACAAAUUUAGCAUCGGCAUAGCUGAAGAUCAAAAUUCCACAUUCUUUGAUCUGGCUGCCAAAAUGAAGGACUUGAUGUUACGACCUUCAUAUGCCCAGCCAAGGACAACACUGAAAUACAAACCGACGGGGGAGCACAGUCUGGAUACACAGAAGACGUUAGAGCAGGGAUCCCAACUACUGGAUGACUUCAAGAGCAUCUUGUGCUCACAGACCAUUCCCGGAUUGCAAGAGUUGUUCGUGAACGUUGUGUUACCGCAAUUAAUGGCAAGCAAAAACACACCCGAACAAGUGACGGCGUUGGCCAAGCGCGCGACACAGUUGACGUGGCUCAUGGCCAUGCACAAGCCUCGCUUGCAUCUGCACUGGAUUGAACCUUCGGAAAAGGUCGUGCCUAAGUAUUUCGAAUUCUUCAACAAGAAAGCGGGCAAACGAGCAUUUACAACUGUUUGGCCGGCGGUCCUAUCCCAGGUGGGCGGAGAUGUUUUGACCAAAGGUGUUGUGUUAGCCGGUGCUCAGAAAGAAAAACUUAAAUUUUGAAAGAUUGUAAUUUUAUCAUGUUUAAUAUAACCGUGAUUUUUGUGUCAUAGCAAAUAAGUAGGGCCACUUUUUGUUUUUCCUUGUUUAUAAAUUUGUCAUCAAUAAAAACGUCGUUUAAAGAGA